AUAUGAGUGCACAAACGCUUUUCUAUAACCAGUCCACCCCUGCUGACUUUAGCGGAAAGGUACCUGUGGAGCACCUGGAUUAUGCUUACAUUGAGAAAUGCAAGGAUGUAAAAUACCUGGAGAAGAUUUUGAAAGUACUGAGGUCCGGCAGCGAGGGCGCUUAUCCACAUCUGCUCAACUUCUGUGAGAGUCACUUGGAGAAGUUGGACCCAAAGAGCCGAGCUCUCAGGAAGGAAACUCCUGUGGCCACAGCAGCCAGCCUCUCUAGGGAUGAGUGGAGCCAAAUAUUUGAUGACUUAAAGAUUUGGCAAAAAGAAGCCAAGAGGACUGAGACUCUACUGAAGCAGGAGCCAAUCUUUGAUGGCCUGAAUGAAACUAUGGUACCAGUAAGAGGUUCCAAUCAUUCUGUUCCACUAAGUCAGCCUUCAGCUCCAAAACAAAAGCCGAACUGUGCAAAACGGGUUGCACCACGUGAUUACAGAGAAUGGGACAAGUUUGAUGUGGAUAAAGAAUGCGGAAACAUCGAUAAAAAUGUGGUCAAAAAUGAUCCACCUGCUCUUACGAACAACCAGCAACUCCCAAUCCAGACUAAAGUGGAUGCUUCAUUGCUAUCAGAACAGGAGAAGCUCCUGCUGGCCAACCGUGAAAAGGAAAAAGGCAAUGAAGCUUUCAGAGCAAAUGAUUAUUUGGAGGCAGUUGCAUACUAUUCCAGAAGCCUUUCCAUUCUACCAACUAUAGCGGCAUACAACAACAGAGCCCAAGCAGAGAUCAACCUCAAGCACUGGAAGAACGCCAUGAGUGACUGUCAGAGGGUACUGGAGCUGGAACCAGGCAAUAUAAAAGCCCUGCUGCGACGUGCCAACGUUUAUAAUCACAUGGGUGAAUUCCAGUUGGCUGCUGAAGACCUGAGGAUAGUGCUUAGGGAUGAGCCACAGAAUGCUGCUGCUAUGCAACUUCUGUCUGAAAGUGAGAAGAUGAAGGAAUGCCAACCAGAGCAGAAAAGCAAAGGCAAGAAAAUCCUCAUCCAAGAAGUAGAGGACGAUGACAACAGAAACGCUCAUCCGGUUGAACCCAGCCAGCCUGUGGGAGGGGAGGAGAGCUCAGCUGCUCCUGAAAGGGGAGACAUGGGUAACGCUCACAAAAAGCCCCACGGCAGAGGGGAAGGGGGUCCACACAGUGAGUUUAACAACUCCCACCACGGCCACUGGAGAAGCAGAGGAGGCAGCUCGGAUAAGUACAAAGUCCCGGCAGAUUCCAAAGAUAAAGUAGCGAAUGGCACGAGCAAGAGGGGUUCGACAGCGUCAGUCAAAGCUGAUCAGAGCAGUGGAGGUAAGGGCACUCAGCAAGGAGUUAAUGCAGGGGAAUCUGUCAACCUGGAUGCCCCAUGUGGAGCCCUACCCCCACCACUGGCCAGGCUCAAGAAUGAAGGCAACCUGCUGUUUAAAAAUGGACAGUUUGCAGAUGCACUGGAGAAAUACUCACAAGCUAUUCAGGGCUAUGCAGACUCAGGGAUUGACAGCCCCGAGGAUCUGUGUAUCCUGUAUUCCAACAGAGCAGCAUGCUACCUAAAAGAUGGCAACUGUCAAGACUGCAUUCAGGACUGCACGAGAGCUCUGGAGCUGCAGCCAUUCUCCCUCAAGCCCCUCCUGCGCCGGGCCAUGGCUUAUGAAUCCCUGGAACGCUACCGUAAGGCCUAUGUGGAUUACAAGACUGUCCUGCAGAUAGACAUCAGCGUGCAAGCAGCACAUGAUAGCGUCAACAGGAUCACUCGGCUGCUGAUAGAGCAGGAUGGUACAGAGUGGAGAGAGAAACUCCCUGACAUUCCUUUGGUGCCUCUGUCAGCUCAGCAGCACCGCAGAGAGGAGCCACCCAGUGAAGAAGUCCUCCAGGCCCGGGCAGAGAAAGCAGCCAGGGAUGCAGAAAGGAAAGCAGAGGUCCGUUUUACAGCUCUGAAACAAGAGGGGAACGACUUUGUGAAGAAGGGCCAGUACCAGGAAGCUUUGGGAAAGUACACUGAAUGCCUUAAGAUAAAGCCAGAGGAGUGUGCAAUCUACACCAACAGAGCCCUGUGCUACUUGAAGCUGGAGAAGUUUACAGAGGCCAAACAUGACUGUAAUGCAGCACUAAAACUGGAGCCAGCUAAUAAGAAGGCCUUCUACAGACGAGCUCUGGCCAACAAAGGUCUCAAGGACUACCUGGCAUGCAGUUCUGACCUUCAGGAAGUUCUGCAGCAGGAUCCCAACGUGCAGGAGGCUGAAAGAGAGCUGGAGGAGGUCACAGUGUUGCUCAGACAGAGUCUUGUUAAUGCAAAUGCUUCACCAGCUAAACCCCGGAAACCCGUCCCUAUCACAGAGGUUGAGGGUGCUCAGGAAACAGCAGGUGUUCCUAAGUCAAAGACCAGCUGCAGAGAAGAUAUUCCUACUGACCUCCAGCAAACGGAUGCCUACAGUUUCGGACAGGCUCUAAAUGCGGCUCGUUCCAGCGGAAACAUGGCAAUUUGUGCUGAACUCCUGGCCUCCACAACCCCUGAAAAGCUUCCCCUUUUCCUGAGCAACCACCUCGAUGCAAACACUAUCAGCCUCAUCAUGCAGUCAAUGGACUCCCACCUCCUUGAAAAGAACCCCAGCCUCGUCUACCGGCAUCUCAACGUUUUGCACACGACAGACAGAUUCUCGGUGGUGUUGAUGCUGCUGAGUAAGGAUGAGCGCCGUCACAUGACUCAGCUGUUUGAGCAUCUGGCUGCUGUGGAGAGCUCAGAGUUCACCAAGAACGAUGUUCAGAAUCUGGCCAACAAAUACAUCUGACCCUCCUUCCCCUGCACCACUCUGCAUGAGCUGCUGCAACACUCAAACUUUUGGAUCUAUGCAAAACACUGCACACAGAGUACACAAAGGCAGAAGGCUGCAGAGCAAUACAGAGGAACUACGUCAGUUACUCUACUGGUGUGUGUGUAGAUAAUUAAUCUCUGUAUGUGUGUGACAGCAUAAGGAAUAUAUUUUUUCCAACAUUUUGCUAUGCAGAUUAACUUUUGUACCAAUACUUACACUGUAAACAAGGUAACUGUAAGAAACUGCAGACAAUUCACUUAAUUCUCAAUGUAUGACGUCAUUAAGGCUCAGGUCAGACUGACGUUUCAGCACUGAGCUCAGUUCUUUUCUUCAGUAGUAACUGUCUAAGCUGUCAGACAGUCAAAGAUAGCAGUGAGUGCAUGCUGAUUGUUACCUGGUAAAGAAAUGAGUGAGGUGAUUUCCUGCAGAGCUGAUGGAGAUUUCUAUUGCUGAAAGAGGAAAGAAGGGAUAAAACCCAGAUACAGGCCUGUGAGAAUGAGAGAUACAGUUUAACUUUACAUGCUCCCUUUUGCUCAUGCAUAUUGUAGAUCUGAGCUCUAAAUCUCUUCACACAUAAAGUGUUUGUGUCUGUUCCUUAUGGAAAUGUAUUCAAUGCAAUGGUUUACCAAAUUAGCCUUCCAGCUAACACAUUUGCACACUGAUCUGCACUAAUUCAGAUGUGAACACACUGGAGAAUAAAACCUUUAUAAGAGAGGAGCUUGGAUUACAGACUCUGGGUCCAUUAGAGUAGGGGUUCUCAACGUUGGAGAUGCUGAGAUGGGGUCUCCAGAUGCCUGAAAAACCUAUGAAUAUUUUUUUUAAAUUACUCUUUUUGCCACUUUACACCAAUUUUACCAAAUUUUAACAUAUUUUUGCCACUUAAAACCUUUUUUUCCUCAAUUUUUGACACUAUCUACCUAUUGUUUGUUCUGUUGUCCCAUUAUUGCCACUAUUAACCCCUCUUUUCCAUUUUUAAGCCACAUUUCACAAUUUAAUAUACCCAUUUUUGCCAGUUUAUAUCAAGUUUUCAUCCCAUUUCACCAAAUUUUCACCUACUUUUGGCACUCAGUGCCAUUUCAGCCACCUUUACUCUUAAUAUGCCUCUUUUUGCCACUUUAACCCAUUUUUGCACAUUUUUUAUUUUUGCCACUUUUAUCUAAUUUUUGGCACUUCUAACCCAUAUCUGCUGCUUU